AUGUCAAGCACAGAUAAUCCCAGCAUUAGCCUCAGUGUUCCCACUGCAGAGGCCAACACUGCAGCAACAAGCAUCUCACCUUCCAGAUCUGAGACGCUGAUCGAGGGCAACGCCUCGGUAAAGCACUCAGACGAGCUGUCCAAAGAGGCCGAUGGUCCCACUAAAAGCACCGAGGCCGCUCCAAGAACGGAUUCUGCAGUAGCCACGCACAAAAUCCAUUCCGCGAACGAUAAAAGUAAUGAAAAAGGGCUCUCAAAGGAGAAGAGAGACCUUGAGGCCGAUCCAGUUGUCGAGGCCGGCGGAGGGGAGGAUGAUCCAGACAGUGACCGGUACAUCACCGGGUUUAGACUGGUUCUCGUCUUCGUUGGUUUACUUUUGUCGAUAUUCCUUGUGUCUCUGGAUCAGACUAUCAUAGCCACCGCUCUCCCCGUCAUUGCUUCCAAGUUCAACGCGCUCAACGACCUCACAUGGGUAGUUUCUGCCUACUUCUUUACUCAAUGCGGUCUUGUUCUCUUCUUUGGCCAAGUCCUGACGAUCAUGGAUACCAAGGAAAGUCCUACCUCUCACGUCUCCAGAAGCUUGUUCUGCGGUGUCGCGUGGAACAUGCCUUUCCUCAUCUUUGGCCGUGCUAUUGCUGGUGUCGGAGCAGCCGGUAUCUUCAUCAGUAUUCUGACCAUCAUCUCUCGCGUGACUCGUCUUGAGGACCGGCCAAUCCUCUUUGGUGCCUUUGGUGCCGUCUUCGCCGUGUCAAGUGUUGCCGGACCACUCAUGGGUGGCGCUUUCACCGAUCAUCUCAGCUGGAGAUGGUGCUUCUAUAUCAAUCUUCCGUUUGGUGCCGUCUCCAUCUUGGCCGUCAUCUUCUUCCUCAAAGCGCAACCCACACGCGAGCUCCCUGGUAAUGCCGGCAAGACCAAAUUGCAGAAGUGGAUCGGUAUCGACUGGAUUGGAACGACGCUGUGCCUUGGAAUGAUUAUGCCUCUCCUUCUAGCUCUCCAGUGGGGUGGAAAUACUCGCCCAUGGAAUGACAAAGUCGUCAUUGCGCUGUUUUGUGUGUUCGCCGUCAUGCUCCCAUCCUUUGUUGCCUGGCAAUGGAAGCUUGGACCCAGGGCAAUCAUGCCUCUCUCCUUGUACAAGCGCAGGACUCAAAUUGGCACAUCGGCGUGCAGCUUCUUCGUCAUGAUGAACCUCAUCCUCGGUACAUACUACCUGCCAUUCUAUUAUCAAGCAUCUCGAGGACUGUUGACAAUUAUCCUUGCCGCCGCAAUCUCUGGUGCUAUCAUCAACUUUACGGGUCGAUACAUCUACUUCUUACGCUAUGCAACUCUGGUCUCUGCUAUCGGUGCUGGACUCCUCUACACGUUGGAUUUGCACACGAGCAAUGCAAAAUUGAUAGGCUAUCAAAUCAUUUUUGGACUGGGUAUCGGAUGCGCUCUCCAGAACGCCAUCAUUGCCGUGCAAGCAGAGUGGGCCGACAAGGACGAGCUCAUUCCUCAAGCCACAUCAAUUGUGACCUUCUUCCAGCUGAUGGGGGUAUCCUUGCGUCUUUGCCAAUCAACUGAGAAAGAACAUCGCAAUCUUCGCACCCGGUCUGGAUCCUCGAUUGCAGAGGCCGUCAGACAAACUCUCUCGGUCCUAGAAAUGCUCCCUCAAGAGGUGCAAGGUCAAGUGAUCCAAGCAUAUCUCCGAGCCCUGAAUUAUGUCUUUAUCGUUGCCAUCCCGACCUCAGUCCUGGCUUCCAUAAGUGCAUUCUUGAUCAAGGACCACAACGUCAAGGAGCGAGGCUCUGCGGGAGAUUAUGGACGAUCCUUGACUUCACCUUGUUUCAAACUUGAUCCAGAACCACGUCCCAUGGGUGUGCGAGGGAUUGCGCGAUGGAGUAACGCACCGUCAACGGGCGUUCAACUGAUUAGUGAUUCGGUGUCCAGACAGCACGGGGCUCGCCCUUCUGGUUCAUGGCAGGCAGAAAUACGUGCCAUUCGACGACACACCUAUGUCGACGGUGUGACUUCCGUUGGCGGAGAACGCUUACUCUGGGAGUACACGAAUGCGGGAGACCAAGUGUUGACUAUAAUUGAAGAUCCGACUGCACCCAAAAGAGCCGACUAUAUGGCCGCACGAGCUGAAGCCAUGCAGGCAAAUGCCGCCAAACAACAAGCUGGCCUGGAGGUGGCGGAAUUGCCACCACUUCCGCCGCAUUUCCGACAUACAUUGAUUAGCUAUCGACAAGCAAGCAUCGAGGCACUGCUAGAUCAACUUGGCGGAGCAUGGAAUCUACAGCAGCAAAAGCCGACCGACUUGGGCAUGAUGGGGAGACCAACAGGUGGAACGACACAUCGGUUGAGAAUAGAGGGUCGUGUUUGGAACAUUGGCUCGGAUUGGAUCGUUCGCGUCGGGGGAGUAUUUGCAAUUGGCGAGCAGUUCAAAGGCGUGAUUAUGGAGAUUGAAUAUCUACCGGUUGAUGUCUUGCCCCAAGACGACGGGAGCUCUGUUUUCCUCGACCAGUUCACCGCAUCGCUCAUUCCGUCCCAACUACCCUCGGAAGCCAACUUUAACUCUGUUGUCAUUGCAGACAAGGAGUGGGCACACGUAUGUGGCAUAGAUAUUGCGAGUGGCUCUUCGCCCGCGGACGAGGACAUUUAUGUGUAUGGAGACGAGGAGCAGACCGCAGAGGAUCCGUCUCACAAGGAUGAUUGGAGGCGUUCUGCGUAUAUGAUUGUUCUAGCGUUUCACGGGGAGGGAAUAGCGUAG